UUAUUAUGACACGUUUCGUUUUGUUUGCGUUUGUUGUAAGAUAUAAUGUCACUUGUGUGCUUUAUCUUCAGAGUUUCAUGUACCAAACCUCUUCGAAUGUUUGGCACGAUAACACAACGAAUUAGCAGGUUGUCUUCAAAUAUUUUGGUAGCGAGCAGAAAUUCUUAGAGCCCCCAGGGCUUCUUGUUAACGUGUGGUAAGGGUAACCAAACAUUUGCUAAAAUAUUGAUGUUGUCGACGUACUUUGUACGGAACGGUAAACUUCUUUCCAUGAGUUGCUUUCUUUGCAUUGUAUUAUUUAAAUUAGUUGUUGUUAUGACUGUGACUGAAGACAAUGUACUUUGUGAUGAUCAAGUAAUUAUCAAUGAUAACACAGGUGUUGAUAUAAAUGGAGAUGUGGACUUGCAAAGUGAUACUGCAGAAAACAUACCAAGUUUUCAGGAACAAGCAAAACUGAUCAAAAGCUCAAUAGAGGAAACACUUGUUACGGGAGACACAUGGUAUCUUCUUGACAUUGGCUGGUGUGCUAUAAAAAAAUCAAAUAUAUUUACUAUGUACAGGUAUCUUCUUGACAUUGGCUGGUACAAGAAAUGGAAGCAAUAUGUUGCGUUAGCACAAAUUAAAAAAGAUAACAAUGAGCAUCCGGGUCCUAUUGAUAACAGUCCUUUGCAUCAAACUGGAAAAUCAGAGUUGAAAGAAGGUCUCUUAGAAGGUAGAGAUUACAAACUGAUUUCACAAACUGGGUGGGAUCACUUAGUGCAGUGGUAUUCACUAUCACCUGAGCAAGAACCUAUUGCAAGAAAGGUUGUUGAGCAUGGUCUUUACAUAAAAGAAACAAAAGUUGAAGUUUAUCUGAUUGAGCUGACACUUAGUACAUUCAGAGAUUUGGAAAGGGUUGAAAUAUACAACUUUAGUAAAGCUAACACAAUAGCUGAUGCUGUCGAAAAAACAAAACGUUUAUUUAACAUUGAUGCAAAUGAAGAUGUCAGAGUUUGGAUCAAGUUCAUGUCAAAUACAUAUGAACUACUAAUUAAACUUGAAAAUACAUUACAAGAUAGUAGUAUUAAAAGUGGACAGAUGCUUGUCCUGGAACAGAAAGAUGAUAAAGGUGACUGGCCAAGACAAACAAGAUCCAGGUCAUUGUCAUCAUCAUCUGGAAUGAAUAUUUCAACAGCAGCUGAUUCUGGAAUAGGAAACAGACCAUCAACUAUUUCCACUGUUAGUUACUCUCCAUUCUCUUCAAGUCAUGGUGGUAGACAGCGUUUCAUGUCAACCAAACCAGGACUGUGUGGUUUAAACAACAUUGGAAACACAUGCUUUAUGAAUUCAACUCUGCAAUGCCUCAGUAAUACAACACCUCUUACAAAAUUUUUCCUCUCAAAUACAUACAAACAUGAAUUGAACCCAACAAACCCUCUUGGUAUGCAUGGGAAUAUUGCAGAAGCGUAUGCAGAUCUAAUACACAAUAUUUGGAGUGGCCAAAACAAUUCUAUCACUCCCAGACAGUUUAAGAUGGAAGUUGGUCGAUUUGCACCACGGUUUUCAGGUUACCAACAGCAAGACUCUCAUGAACUGUUAGCAUUCCUACUUGAUGGUUUGCAUGAAGAUUUAAAUAGAGUGAAGCAAAAGCCAUACAUUGAACUCAAAGAUGAUGAAGGGAGGCCUGAUGAGGUAGUAGCAGCUGAGGCAUGGAAAAAUCAUUCCAAAAGAAACGAUUCUAUUAUUGUUGAUUAUUUUCAUGGACAGUUUAAAUCCACUGUCGCAUGUCCUGUUUGUGAGAAGAAAUCGGUGACAUUUGAUCCGUUUUGUUAUCUCUCUCUACCACUACCAAUAAAGAAGGAACGCAACCACACUAUCACUUUUGUUUCACUGGAUUCACUCAAAAAACCACUAAGGGUUAAAGUAACAGUACCAAAACUUGGUUGUAUUUCUGAUCUCAUUAAUAGCAUUGCGAAAUUAACAGGAACUGAUCCUGACAAGCUUAUUGUGACCGAUGUGUGUAAUUCCACAUUUCAUAAAAGAUUUUCAGUCAGGGAUAGUUUAAGUCAAAUUACUGAACGUGGCCAUAUCUUUGUUUAUGAGAUUCCUUUCAAAGUAUCAAAUGGUGAUAACGAAGAAUUAUUAGUGUUACCAGUAUAUUUGCGAGAAAUAAAAAAGAAUACACACCAAUACUCAUCAAGUAAUUAUACUCAUUUUUUUGGAACACCACUGCUUGUACCAGUACCAAGAACAUCUACUACUAUAGAUGACUUGUAUCAGAUAAUUCUUCGAGCUAUGAGACGAUUUGUUCAAAUCCCAACUCCUGAUGAAACUGAAGAAAACGAGAGAGAUUCAGAAAAAGAUACAGAAAUAAAUAUCGAAAAUGAAGAUGAAGCAAUGGAAGAGGUAGAGGAAGAAUCAGAUAACGAGGCGAAAAUAAAACAGGAAACACUAGAAAAAGAAGAUGCAGAUGAUACAGCUCAAAGUGAGAAACCUGCAAAAAAAUUAAAUCGUUUAUUCGAAAUAAAAAUUGUCAACUCGAAUGGCUCCCAUGAUUUUCAAACUUUAAAGUAUACUGAUAAAGAACCUAUAAAGUUAAAUUCUAAAAUUUAUUUUGCAAUCGACUGGAAACCUACAGUUAAGAAAACACAUUACAAUGGAACAUUAGCCAAAGAGGUAGACUAUCAUCCCAGUGUUCACGCCGUUCCAGAAGCAAGGAAGACUAUUCAAUUGAAGGAUUGUUUAGAACUGUUCUUACAACAAGAAAAGCUUGGAGAGGAGGAUCCUUGGUACUGUCCACAGUGCAAGGAACAUCGACAAGCAUUCAAAAAAUUCGAUUUAUGGUCUUUACCUAAAAUCUUGGUUAUUCAUCUUAAGAGAUUUUCCUAUAACAGGUAUUGGAGAGACAAAUUGGACGCCUUAGUAAAUUUUCCAAUUACGCAAUUAGAUUUAACAGAUUACGUCAUAAACAAGAAACAUGGUCGAGCAGUGUACGAUUUGCAUGCAGUUUCGAAUCAUUACGGAGGAAUGGGUGGAGGACAUUACACAGCGUACGGAAUUAAUUGUUAUGACGGACAAUGGUAUUAUUUUGACGAUUCUUCCGUGUCUUCAUCAGAUGCGUCGUCAUCUGUGUCGAAAGCUGCAUAUGUUUUGUUCUAUACAAGAAGGGACGAUCCAGAUAACGAAAUGAUGAAUACAAGCGAGCUACUGACGGAUGACCCUGAUGUCUUCGAAAAUGACGGCGAAGAAAACAUGUAAUAUAUAUAUCUGAUUAGUUUUCGCAUUGACAAGAAUUAUUCUUUUAAAUUGUCCAAAAA